AUGAUUUCAUCGCCACCCGGCACGACAGGAGGUUUAGAUCCCUUUGCAGCUAGCAGCCCCGUCCUCGGAUUGCCUACUACACCACCUGUGAUAGCAACACCAGCGGGGGUCAGAACAUCGGCACGCCGCAGCGCAGCAAAGCAGCAAGCAGCAAGACAACACACUCCUGUCGCCGCCAAUGCCAAGAAGAGGUUCAUCGUCGAACGACCACCGGCUAAGAAACUGGUGUUUGAGGAAACAUGGAGGAGUCUUGGUCCGACAGGCGAUAAGGCGGGCGCCAAGGGCGGCAAGGGGUCGGAAAAUCCUUCGCCUCCCCCCGCUAAGGUGGUUAAUAGCGAGGGGGAAGAGGUAUUGGGAGGGGAAGGGCAACAGGCGAAGCAGCGACGGGGCACAAGCGAGAAGUCCAGAGCUGCGGCUGCUGCGGUCCAAACGAAGGAUGAUAUCUACACAAUCCCUGAUGAUUCGGAGGAUGAGUUGAAGCUCAAUGCGAGGGCGGAUCCUCAACGGGCGGAAGACAAGCAGCAGAAGCAGGAGGGAAAGAAGAAGAGGGGCCCGCAGCGGAAACCGAAGGAAGCAACAGCAGUAACGACUGAUGGGUCAAAUGACGCUACGAAAGAUCCACCCCCACCCAAGAAACGCGGCCGGCCGAGGAAGGCUGACAGGAUCACGGCGGCGGAAAAGGUGACCGAUGCAGCCCCAGCGAAGGUCUCUCGACGGCAACCAAGGUCAACAAAGAAGAAACCAGCAGACUUGGUGGAAAUCAGCGAUUCUGAAGAGGAACCUGACGACGCUAUCGAUGACCAGCUUCUGGCGGACCUGGAUUACGAGGAUGGAAAGAAGAGCCAUCAACGGGCCGGACAGCAGCAACAACCAGAGCUCAGAGGGAUAUUGAGUCCCCGGAAAAAGAGAGUGGGCGGUGAUGGCGAUCUACUGCGCAAGACUGUGGCUUUUAGCAAGUCCAAGGAGGUGGAUGACGAAGACGAAGAGGAUGAGGAGGAACGAAAGGGGAUGUCGACUGAAGUUAUGUUUGAUGACCUGCCGACGAAAAAGAAGUCAGCAUCCCGAGAGAACGGAAUCAUGCCUGAAUCACCGACCGUAGACGGCGAAGAUGCCGAAGAUGCGGCAGCGGAGGAUGAAGAAUUUGACACAGAAGAGGCUGGGAGCAACGAUGAUGAAGAGGUCUGUGUGAUCUGCUCAAAGCCAGAUACCAGAAAAGGUAACCAGAUCGUCUUCUGCGACGGCUGCGACAAGGCUGUUCAUCAAAAGUGCUACGGUAUCCCUCGCCUUCCCAAAGGAGACUGGUUCUGCCGCGAGUGCUUGGAGCUAGGCAAAGACAAGGAGAAGAAGAAGAAGAAGAAGGCUGUACCAUCGGCAUCAGCGGACGUAACAGUGACGCGCAGAGAGGACGAAACGGUGGCUACGGUUGAGGCAGUACCCGAAGAGAAGGUGCCGGAUAUCCCAAACUUUGAGCGGCAUCUACGGUCUCUGCAGCGAGUCCUGGUCGAGCGCUGCACGGGUGGGCGGCGGAUCAAGCUGCGUGGUCAGGAAGAGGCGUAUGCGAAGACUUGCCAGUUGGUCGAGCAAACUAUUGUGGCAGGUGAAGGUAACUCCAUGAUGGUCAUUGGCGCCCGAGGAAGUGGGAAAACGACGCUGGUCGAGUCUAUCAUGUCCGACAUGUCUUCGCAGCAUAAGGAUGAGUUCCACGUGGUGAGGCUGAACGGCUUCAUCCACACAGACGACAAAUUGGCUCUCCGAGAAAUCUGGCGCCAGCUCGGCAAGGAGAUGGCCGUCGAGGAUGAGCUCAUCAACAAGACCACCAACAACCACGCCGACACCAUGGCGUCCUUGCUGGCGCUUUUAUCUCACCCUGCGGAAAUUGGUCUGGUACCGCAGGAUGGAGUGACAUCUAGGUCUAUCAUCUUCUUGAUCGAUGAGUUCGAUCUCUUUGCCACACAUGCCAGACAAACCUUACUGUACAAUUUGUUUGACAUUGCCCAGGCGAGGAAGGCGCCCAUCGCCGUUCUGGGCCUGACAACGAGGAUUGAUGUUGUCGAGAGUCUGGAGAAGCGCGUCAAGAGUCGGUUUAGCCAUCGAUAUGUGUAUCUCUCUCCACCGAAGAGCUUGCCUGCGUACUGGGAGAUUUGCAAGCAGGGUCUGAUGGUUGAUGAAGAAGACAUGGAAACGGAGGGGAUCGACCAGGCGGUGGAGGGCCAUACUGAGUUUUUCGAAUGGUGGAAUAGAAAGAUCACGACCCUCUACAAAACCCCCGCCUUCCAACAUCACCUAGAAUCUCACUUCUACAGCACCAAAUCCGUCCCCGCCUUCCUAGCCUCUUGCAUCCUCCCCCUAUCAAGCCUCUCCCCCUCCUCUCCAACCUUGAGGAUACCUCCGACUCCAGCGGUACACUCUUCCUCUUCCCUCACUCAUACCCUCCCUACCACCGAACCCCCGGACUCCAAGCUUCACCUCCUCGCCUCUCUCUCCGACCUCGAUCUCUCCAUGCUCAUCGCCGCCGCCCGCCUCGACAUCGUCGCCCACACCGACACGGUCAACUUCGCCAUGGCCUACGAUGAGUACACGUCGCUUAUGGGCCGGGUGCGCGUGCAGAGCGCUAGCGCCGGUCUGCUCGCUCUCGGCGGCGGGUCCAGGGUCUGGGGCCGCGGGAUUGCGGGUAUUGCAUGGGAACGGCUGGUUACAUUGGGUUUGCUGGUGCCUGCUGCGGGUUCGCUGGGCGGAGGCGGGGCGAAUGCUAGGGGGGCUGGAGCGACUUUGGGGCAGAGCGGAGGUGGCCUGGAGGGGAAGAUGUGGAGGGUUGAUGUGGCAUUGGAGGAGAUUCCGGGGGCGGUGAAGUUGGGGAAUGUGUUGGCGAGGUGGUGUAGGGAGAUUUGA